AUGAGUGACGAAUCGGAAGCUCGACUCAGACACUGUGAUACCCAGGAUAAGAUCACAAUCCUGCAACUCCUAGGAUCCCAAAACAAAUCCAAUUUCUUCAGGGCCCGUGGAACUGGGUAUCCCAAGUCUCCCGACGCUGUACGAAGAGCUGCGAAGGCCGAAAGGGAUGCCAAGGAGCGGCGUCUCGGAACGCGGAUCCGAGUCCCACUCGCAGCCAAUUCUGGCGCUGCACUAGCCGCACUCGGAAUAGCGUUAACUGCCGCAGCUCGAGGCUUGUCCGCUAAGUCUGAAAAGGGCCUGUUGGUGCCAGCCCGGGAUGGCCCUGAAGCCGGCUCCAAGGUCCCUAUGCACCUUGGAAACCACCAGCAGUCUCGUCACUCAAUGGGAGCUCUAUGA